AUGCAAAUGCUAACUCUUCCACUUGCAUGGACUCCAAGAAGUGCCCACCACAUUUGCAUGGCACCACCGAGAGCCACCGUUUCCGUGGCAGCGCCGCCGCUCAUGAAGAAGCGGAAGACGCACUCAAUGCCACCGGAAAAGCAAGAGAUUUUCAAGUCACUUGAGGGCUGGGCUUCCCAGCAAGUCCUACCACUUCUUAAGCCCGUUGAGCAAAGCUGGCAGCCACAGAACUUUGUGCCUGACUCUUCCUUACCCUUCCAUGACUUCAUGGAUCAGGUAAAGGCUCUUCAAGACACCACCAAAGAGCUACCCGACGAGUACUUUGUGGUGCUCGUCGGUGACAUGAUCACGGAAGAGGCGCUUCCCACUUACCAGACAGUGAUGAAUAAUCUCGAUGGAGUGAGAGAUGAUUAUGGAACCAGCCCAAGCCCGUGGGCUGUGUGGAACCGGGCCUGGAGCGCAGAAGAAAAUAGACACGGAGAUUUGCUCAAAACUUAUUUGUAUCUUUCUGGUCGAGUUGAUAUGAAAAUGAUCGAGAAGACCAUCCACUACCUCAUUGCUGCUGGCAUGGAUGCUGGAAUGGAGAAUAACCCGUACUUAGGGUUUGUGUACACGUCAGUCCAAGAGCGAGCGACGUUCAUAGCUCACGGCAACACGGCUCGGCUUGCCAAAGAGGGCGGUGAUCCGGUGCUUGCGCGCAUAUGCGGGACCAUUGCUGCGGACGAGAAGCGACACGAGAAUGCGUACUCGAGAAUCGUCGAGAAGCUUCUAGAAGUGGACCCCACGGGAGCAAUGGUGGCCAUAGGGGACAUGAUGCAGAAGAAGAUUACGAUGCCAGCGCACCUUAUGUACGAUGGGGAGGAUCCCAGGCUAUUGGAGCACUAUUCCGCGGUGUCGCAGCGUAUGGGCGUGUACACGGUCAGUGACUACGUGGACAUCUUGGAGUUUCUGAUCAGACGGUGGAGAUUGGAAAAGAUUGACGGUUUGACGGCUGAUGGAGAGAGGGCGCAGGAUUUUGUGUGUGGAUUACCACAUAGGAUUAGGAAGUUCCAGGAGCGAGCCGAGAAGCGAGCGCGCAAGAUGAAGCCGCAUGGCGUCAAGUUCAGCUGGAUUUUCAAUAAAAAGGUGCUUUUGUGA